AUGUGGUCUUAUAGAAAAAAUUCAUCAAGGACUAGGCUCUCGUCCGAUUCAAGCCAGGGGAGCGAUGUCACAGCCCCCAAGUAUGCGUACUUCGAGAAACUGCCUUUCUCAUGGUUGAGGGACUUGAGGGACGUCUGGAAGAGCCAUCCUUGGAUCCUCUUGAAAGAUACAUUGUUACUUGGCUUCGCUAUCCCAGGCAUUGUGGCAACUCUACACUAUGCCUUUUCUACGGGAACCACUGCUCCAUUUCAACAAGAGCAGAGCGCGGUGAUAACAACUUCUAGAAGCUGCAACUACGGUAACUCGGUGGCCGAGGCACGGUCGAUGGGCUGUGUGUACGACUCGCUUGCCACGGCAUGGUUGCCUCAGUACUGCCGUGACAUCGAGCUCACGGCCGAGUUUGAGAGGAGUGGCCACGGACCAACUGGGAGGACUCAAACUACACCAAAAAGAUUUCUCUAG